CUUUUCAGAACAACAACCACCCCCACUUUUUUAGUUAUGCAUUUUCUUUUUUUUUUUAUUAUAUGAUGCACUACAUAAUUUACGCAUGAAUACGCUCUCGCUAAUAUUUUGCUCAUUCUUCCUGCCUUGUAUUUACAGCUGCUCGAGCGACCAAAUAUUUCCUUGCGUAGACCAAAUUAUUACAUAUAGGAGUUUUUACAUCCGUUACACAUGUCCCCUCUACUAUCUUCACUCCUUUGGUAGACCAAACUUCUCCCCACACCAAUUUCAGAUUUUUCUUACAAUCUGUGAUUCUUUGCGUAGACCAAAAAAAAGUGAAAGUGUACUUCUUUGUGUAGACCAACUUUUAUUAUGUUGCCUUGUAGUGACGUUCAAAGAAUAUAAAGAAAGAGAAAAAAAGAGAAGUUUAAAUGAAAGUGUAUAGGGAUAUGUUGGAGAAGAUAAAGUAUGGUUCUGCUUUUUAUUUAUCAGAGUAUAUGAUGCUCUUGGUCGCCCUAAUCUUCACUGUCUGAGUCAUCGUCAUCUAGAUAUUUAAAACAGCCGUAGUCAACGCUACGCUCCAUG